AUGUGGACGUCACUCUGCUCUGACCAUGUGGACGUCACUCGCUGGUCUGACCAUGUGGACGUCCCUCGCUGCUCUGACCAUGUGGACGUCACUCGCUGCUCUGACCAUGUGGACGUCACUCGCUGCUCUGACCAUGUGGACGUCACUCGCUGCUCUGACCAUGUGGACGUCACUCGCUGCUCUGACCAUGUGGACGUCACUCGCUGGUCUGACCAUGUGGACGUCCCUCGCUGCUCUGACCAUGUGGACGUCACUCGCUGGUCUGACCAUGUGGACGUCACUCGCUGCUCUGACCAUGUGGACGUCACUCCGCUCACUCGCUGCUGCUCUGACCAUGUGGACAUCACUCUGCUCUGA